GCCGGUACGUACAGCUGUCAAAUUAGAGCGCAGGGCCUAUCAUCAACUCAAGACGCUUUGAGACUAUCGACAGAAUACUGACAUUGUGACAGAAACGUCUACCGUUCGAGUCGUGAAGAGCCCAUCCAACCAAUACCAUCACCAUGUCGUACAAGCAGGAGAAGGGUGCCCCCGGCGCUGAGGUCAAGACACACAAGAUCAGAAUCACUCUGUCUUCCCGCAAGGUCCAGGCUCUCGAGAAGACCUGCACUGAGCUCCUCGAGCGUGCCAAGUCCAAGGACCUGAAGACCAAGGGCCCCGUCCGCCUCCCCACCAAGACCCUCAAGGUCACUACCCGCAAGACCCCUUGCGGUGAGGGUUCCAAGACCUGGGACUGCUUCGAAAUGCGCAUCCACAAGCGCCUCAUCGACCUCAACGCCCCCACCGAGAUUGUCAAGCAGAUCAUUGUCAACAUCGAGGCCGGUGUCGAAGUUGAGGUCACCAUUGCUGCUUAAGCGGUAUGGUCCGACUUGUGUAGCACAUUCUCGUUCCCGCACACAGCCUAGCUAUCUUUACGGGCAACCACCAGUACACUAAGAUGUGCUGAUGACGGUGUGAAAACUGUUGUCUUCACAGCUGUGUCCUCGUCGUUUUGCUCCAGAGAAGGAGUAGAUGUGGCAAAUUCGAUCCCGGUCGCUGCCUAGCGGCCGCGGAGCAAUACAAGAAUAUUCAAGU